AACUUCUCUGUUAUCAUAUAUAAAUUUUACCCUCUCUUUAUACACCAACGUAAAAAUGGUAACACUUGCCGUUGGCAACUGUGUACGUUUGGAAAUGAAACGAAAUUAACAGACGAAACAAAAAUCAGCCAGUCAACCGCGGAGCGCUCAGUCGGUGUUUUAACUUUAAAAUGAAAAUAACUUUUAAAUAUUGAAAGCGAUUGUGCUCGUGCAAGUGAAAAAAUUAGUUAACUGAAAUGCACUAAGUGCAAGGAAGUGCAUUCCAUAAAAAAGGACUUGUUCGCAUAAAACAACACAACAUCCGCUGCUGUAAAUGCAAAUUGUGUUUGAAACAUUUGGAAAGUAUAGAACGAGUGGGAGCGUGAACAUCUGUCAGUUUGCGGUCGCGCUGCUUCUUCAUUUCGUCGCCACUGUGCAUUAUUGUUGUUGUGUUGCGUGGAGUAUUUGUGUUGAUUUUUCUGAGCCAAACACACAUUUGCUGCCAUUAACAUUUUCGCCGUGUGUGAUAAACAAAUGCGGGCAGCAUAUUUAUCUACAUAUAUCAAAUAGAAUAUAUUUGUGUCCAAAAGUUGCGUCCUCAUGUUCAAUUCCAAUAAAAUUAUUGUGCAAAUUAAAGCAUACGCGCUCACAUCACACAGUAACAAAAGUGCCAAAUUUUUUUUAACGCAACUCUGCCAAAUUUUACACGGAAAACAAUUCGUCCACUAAAAAUAAAAAAAACACAAAGCUUUUUAUAUAAAGUGUCCACUUUGUGCGCGCGUUCUAUUCAACCAUGGAAAUAAACGCGCUUCCCUCUUUUGCCCGCAACUACAUUCCGUUUACAUGCACUAAAUGAAGAGUUAUAGCGAUUAUCAUAUUGGCACCCCUCCCAGCAGCACUGCAACAGCAUUGGAUCAUCACUUGGAACAGUAUAGCCCCACAGCUAUUAGCUCCAUUGCCAACGGCCGUCAUCAGCACUCGCCAGCACAACAGCACCAGCAUCAACAUCACCACCUGCUGCACCAGCACGCCCAGCAGCAUUUGCUCGACAUCAACGACUCGCUGUCACCGCCCUCUUCAAUACAACCACAUACGGCUGCAGCCUCCGUUUCCGCAGCUGCAAGAUUGCCACAGAUGCCACACUUCGGACUUGGUGCGGGUGUAGGUGGCGCUUAUGCGCAAACACCUCCCAGCCCGCCGGUGCAUCACGCCGCUGGCGGUGGUAUUGGUUUGUUGCCUCCUAGUUCACCACAUCACCAUCAACAACAGCAACAACAACAUCAACAGCAGCAACAUCACCUGGCGAUGUUGCCACGCGGAUUGAGCGGUGCUGGGGGCGGCUGUGGCCCACUCAUGUCUACAGGCCUGAAUUCCAACACAGUUGGUGUACCAUAUCGGCCACAUAUUGAGGAUAAAAAGUUGACACGUGAUGCAAUGGAGCGAUACAUGCGCGAACGCAACGAUAUGGUUAUUGUGAUUUUGCAUGCGAAGGUCGCCCAAAAGUCCUACGGCAAUGAGAAGCGCUUCUUCUGCCCGCCACCAUGUAUUUACCUCUUUGGCAGCGGUUGGCGCCGCCGCUACGAGGAAAUGUUGCAAAAGGGCGAGGGCGAACAUUGUGCGCAACUAUGCGCCUUCAUCGGCAUCGGUAGCUCGGAUCAGGAUAUGCAACAGCUCGAUUUGAAUGGCAAGCAAUAUUGUGCCGCCAAGACGCUAUUCAUUUCCGAUUCGGAUAAGCGCAAACAUUUCAUGUUGUCGGUGAAAAUGUUCUAUGGCAAUGGCCAUGACAUCGGCGUAUUCAAUUCGAAGCGCAUCAAAGUCAUAUCGAAGCCAUCGAAAAAGAAGCAAUCGCUGAAGAAUGCCGAUCUAUGCAUAGCGAGCGGAACCAAUGUGGCGCUUUUCAAUCGGCUGCGCUCACAAACGGUGUCGACGCGUUACCUGCACGUGGAGAAUGGACACUUUCAUGCGUCGUCGACGCAAUGGGGCGCCUUCACGAUACACUUGCUGGACGACAAUGAGUCGGAAUCGGAAGAGUUUCAGGUGCGCGAUGGCUAUAUUCAUUAUGGCGCGACGGUGAAGCUUGUUUGCUCGGUGACAGGCAUGGCGCUGCCGCGUCUUAUCAUACGCAAAGUGGACAAGCAAAUGGCAUUAUUGGAGGCGGACGAUCCAGUGUCACAGCUUCAUAAAUGUGCCUUCUACAUGAAGGACACGGAUCAUAUGUAUCUGUGCUUGUCGCAGGAGAAAAUUAUACAAUUCCAGGCGACGCCCUGUCCGAAAGAACCAAAUAAGGAGAUGAUUAACGAUGGCGCCUGCUGGACAAUCAUCUCCACAGACAAAGCUGAAUAUCAGUUCUACGAAGGCAUGGGUCCUGUGGGCUCGCCCGUCACCCCUGUGCCAAUCGUGAAUUCGCUCAACUUGAAUGGCGGCGGCGAUGUGGCCAUGCUAGAACUGAGCGGUGACAACUUCACGCCGCACCUACAAGUCUGGUUCGGCGAUGUGGAAGCGGAAACAAUGUACCGCUGCACAGAGACGCUGUUGUGUGUGGUGCCGGAGAUUUCGCAAUUUCGUGGCGAAUGGUUGUGGGUUCGCCAGCCCACACAGGUACCCAUUUCGUUGGUGCGCAAUGAUGGCAUCAUCUAUGCGACGGGCUUAACGUUCACCUACACACCGGAGCCUGGUCCGCGGCCGCACUGUACACAAGCAGAGGAUGUAAUGCGUACGCGGAAUGCAACAACGACGACCAGCAAUAAUAACGGUGGCGCUGUCGGUGCACUAACUGGCAACAAUAACAAUUUGAGUAGCUUGAGUAGCAACAAUAACAAUACAGCGCAUUCACCCAGCGACGGUAGUGGUGGCGGUGGCGGCAGUGGUGGUGGUGGUAACAGCACAGGGGUGAAUGCCAAUCAUCAAAUGCACCAAGCAUUGCCGUCCAUGAAUGAAGUGCAAUGGAAUACACACGGCGGCGGUGGCGGACUCUCCUGAGUGAUGGCGGCUACACAAACCGUAUGGCUGGCAGCUGCCGCGCAGUCGUAUUGUUUUUGGCAUGAGUGUAAGGUGUGGCUCUAGUGGGGUGGCGGACAUAAAUGCUAAUGCUAAAGCUUACGUAAAAACAUAGUAAAUUAUACGCUAUCAUGCUGCUAUUUUUUGUGCGUUUGAAUGCGUUUAGUUUUUUGUUUUUGUGAAAUCAUACAAAAACUAUUAGUCGUUGUGUAUUUAUUUUGAAAUACGCAAUUUAUAUGGAUAUAUAUAGAAAUUAUUUUAUACUUUCACGCACACAUGCAUACCAAUUUAGUUACUACAAAACUGUAAAACUUUCAUUCCUGCAAGCAUUGCAAAUAUUUUUCUCGAAACUAUAAGCUGUCAAUAUCAGGGAUAAGUUUUUCACUAAAAGCAUUAAAUAAGAAAAAAUAUAUAGUAUUUUGCUAUAGUCCCUGUAGACAAUUUAAAUAAUAUCCGAAAUGAACAAAUCAACAAUUAUACAAAACUUUUAUACAAAGAAUGUUAUGCUGAGCACAUAAUAAACUGGAAACUAAAAGAAAAAAUUUUAAAAACAAAAAUACUUUACACUGAUUUAGUCAUGUAAGCUAAAUAGACUUAAUUUAGCCGCUAAACAAGUGCAUUUGUACAUAUAAUUCAGUUUAUCAUCGCAUACAGCUAGAACAAAAUAUAUAUUUUUAGAUACAAAUCUCAAUGAAAUUGUGGACACAAACGGACCGAGACCGUCGAAGACAUAUGCCUGCAACUGUAUUUGCAUAGUAUUAAGCAAACAGAAAGGAAAAUAUUAGCAUUUUAGCCGACAUUUGUUUUUUUUUUUUUUAAUGAACGCAUACAUAUUAUCAUCUAUAUGUAUACAUAUUUUAUAUGGUAAGAUAUUUAUAUACAUACAUAUACAUAUAUUUCUACAUUAUCUAUACUAUAUACGAAGGGUACGUGGACGUUUGCAGACGUACAUUAAAUUCAACAAAACAGGAAUAAUCAAAUAUUGUAGUUAAACAAAAAAUAGUAAUAUAAUUUAGAGUUAAGCAAAUUUAAAAAAAGACAAAUUGUAAACUAAGAAAAAAAAUAGUUUAAGUAAGCAACUGAAACAUUA